UAUUCUAUUAAUUGAUCUUUUCAUUUAAUCCAAUUAAAUUUCUAUUUUCUGAUUCUCUUUCUCUUUUUCUGUGUGUGUGUUUUAGUGUUUUGUGUGUGUGAGAGAAAAACACAUAAAAUCCUGCUUACAAAAUAAACUGAUACCCAACAAUAUGUGUGUACAAGAUUUAGAAAAGGUUAGUGAAGAAAAAGACAAUUUGGGCCUCUCAACAGAUCAUCAUAACACAACUGAAUUUCCUUCUGAUCAGAUCAAUCUUUCCAAUUCUUUCCCUAUGGAGAGCAUUUGUGAGGAUACAGUAGUUGCAGAAGAGAAACAGAAUAAUUAUAUCCCCAUGCUUCGUUCUGGGGAGUGGUCUGAUAUUGGUCAUCGACCCUAUAUGGAGGACACUCACAUAUGCAUCCCAGAUCUUGCUAGAAAUUUCAAUAACAAGCUUCCGGGUGAAGAUGCUGUCUCAUUUUAUGGGGUAUUUGAUGGGCAUGGAGGAGAGGGUGCGUCGAAUUUUGUGCGUGAUAAUCUUCCAAGAAUUAUCGUCGACGAUGCUAACUUCCCAUUGGAACUUGAAAAAGUAGUCACGAGGUCUUUUAUGGAAACGGAUGCUGCAUUUGCCAGGUCAUGUGCUAUUGAAUCCUCGCUUUCUUCCGGCACGACAGCACUUACUGCUAUGAUCUUUGGGAGAUCACUGCUUGUGGCAAAUGCCGGAGAUUGUCGGGCAAUUUUAUCUAGACGUGGGCUAGCUUUUGAGAUGUCAAAGGACCACAGACCGUGUUAUGACAAGGAGCGACUUCGUAUCGAAUCCUUAGGUGGGUUCGUUGAGGAUGGUUAUUUGAAUGGUCAAUUAGCUGUGACCCGAGCCAUAGGUAACUGGCACAUCAAUGGGCUCAAAGAAAUGGGCGAGCACAUUGGCCCAUUGAGCGCCGAACCAGAGCUAAAACUUGUCACACUAACAAAGGAAGACGAGUUCUUGAUCAUUGGUAGUGAUGGCAUCUGGGAUGUGUUCAGAAACCAAAACGCAGUGGAUUUUGUUAGGCGGCGGUUACAAGAACAUAAUGAUGUGAAGCGUUGCUGCCAGGAGAUGGUGGAUGAAGCAAUGAAGAGAGGAGCACUUGAUAACCUGACGGUGGUUAUUGUCUGCUUUCAGGCGGAACCACCACCACAUGUGGUGGUACAGAGAGGUAGAGUAAGGAGGAGCAUCUCUGCUGAAGGGUUGUUGAAUCUUAAGUUCCAUCUCGACGGGUAAAAAAGAAUCGUUUUUUACCCUUUUUUAACCAAUUUGGAGACGAUGAUGAAAAUUAGGUAAUACUAGUUGUAAAUACAUUCAUGUGAGAGAAGGAAAUAAGGUAAGGGAGGAUACUACUUGUAUUUUUAGAGCCAGGGGAUACAAUAUGUACAUUCAUAAAAUGGUGAUUCAUCAUUUGAAAUUUUAUCUUGGAUUAUUUAAGGAUA